AUGGGAAGUGCGGCUCCUCCGACGCUGCGAGUGGCAGUGGCCCAAUACGAACCCGAAUGGCUCGAUUUGCCAGCCUCAGUCGCCAAAACGUGUUCCAUCAUCACCGAGGCAGCAAAGAAAGGCGCAAAGAUCGUGGGUUUCUCAGAGGCAUUCAUCCCGGGCUAUCCAGCAUGGAUAUGGCAUCGACCGGUGGAUCCCGUCCUGGCGACGAGGUACAUUCAAAACUCCCUGGCGGUGGACUCUGACGAGAUGCGCACGAUCCAGAACUGUGCCGCGAAGAACGGCAUCGUCGUGGCGCUGGGAUUCUCCGAGAACGACAACAACUCGGUCUACAUCGCCCAGGCCAUCAUCGACUCUGACGGCAAGAUGCUGAUGCACCGACGCAAGUUGAAGCCGACACACAUGGAGCGCACCAUCUUCGGCGACGCCUCCGGAAAUAGCUUGAUGAACGUGGUGGCCACCAAGGCGGGUAAGCGCGUGGGCAGUUUGAACUGCUGGGAGCACUGUCAGCCGUUGUUGAAGUACCACACCGCGACGCAGCGGGAGGACAUCCACGUCGCGGGGUGGCCACCUUUGAGUCCGCACGCAGGGCCCGAGCUGUGGUCCAUGUCGACGGAAGGCUGCCAGAAUCUCUCCCAGACAUACGCCAUCGAGACUCAGACGUUUGUUCUCCACGCAACCACCGUGAUUGGAACCAAGGGCAUCGAAGUCAUGGGGACUAGCCAGGCUAUGCUCAUGAAUAGCCCCGGGGGAGGCUACUCGUGCGUCGUGGGACCUGACGGGCGGAUCUUGUCGGAGCCACUGGAUCCCAAGUCGGAAGGCUUGGUGAUUGCGGACAUCGACCCCAGCAUGGCGAUUAUGGCGCGCAGCUUCCUGGACAUCUGUGGCCACUACAGCCGGCCGGAUCUGCUGUGGCUGGGGUGCGACACGCGGGAGAGGAAGCACAAGGUCGACACUCCUCGGCCAGGCGCGGAGGAGAAGGUGGUGGGGGAAGAAAUGAAAUAG